AUGGUACUCCGUUGGCUUCUUCUCUGCUGCGUGGUACUGUGCGCGAAACCGGUACACCCACAAGGAGCCCAGCAAUGCCCGGCGCCUAACACAAUUACUCCCUGCACCUGCACUGUUAAAAAGAACGGUCUUGAUAUACUAUGUGAAUUUACAGAGCAACAACAUAUACAAAAGGCUAUGAACACGCUGCGAUCGAAGCCGAUGAUAAUAUUCUAUUUGAAACUUCGCCACAACAACUUAGCCAAGCUUCCGUCGUAUAUUUUCUUGGGCCUUGACAUACGUCAUCUUACAGUUCACAACAGCAGCUUGGCCGUUAUUGAGGAUUCUUCGCUGAGCUCUAUUGGAAACAAGUUAACACAGCUCGAUGUCUCUCAGAAUAGUUUGGCAACAAUACCGACGUCGUCUUUUACGCAUCUCAACCAUUUACUGAUUCUGAACAUGAACCACAAUAAGGUAACUGCAGUACAUAAUAGAGCUUUUGUAGGUCUUGAUACAUUAGAGAUUUUAACUCUUUAUGAAAACAAAAUAUCGGUUGUUGAUGCGGAAGCUUUCAAAGGCUUGGAAAAAAAACUAAAAAGGCUGAAUAUAGGGGGCAACGAAUUUACAGCAGUGCCGCAAAAAGCUUUAGCUCUCCUCGAAAACUUGAAAAAGCUUGAAAUGCAAGAAAACAGGAUUACCACUAUUACGGAGGGUGACUUUGCAGGAUUGAGAAACUUGGAUUCCUUAGGUCUUGCACACAAUCAACUUCGCGAGGUACCAUCACAAGUAUUCUCACACUUAACAUUCCUCAACUCAUUGGAAUUAGAAGGCAAUCAGAUACAAAGGAUUGACGACAAAGCAUUCGCUGGUCUUGAAGAGAAUCUACAGUAUUUGCGUCUAGGUGAUAAUCGGCUGCACGAAAUCCCUUCGGAGGCUUUACGUCCACUGCAUCGCCUGCGCCAUCUGGACCUGCGUUCGAACAACAUAACCUAUAUUAGUGAGGACGCAUUUACAGGCUAUGGAGACUCGAUAACUUUCCUCAAUUUGCAGAAAAACAUGAUUCACCAGUUACCAACGAUGGGUUUUGAUAACCUCAACUCUUUGGAAACUCUUAAUCUGCAAAAUAAUAAACUACAACAUAUUCCAGAAGAAAUAAUGGAACCAAUAUUAGAUACACUUCGCGUUGUGGAUAUAAUGGAUAAUCCAUUAAUCUGCGAUUGCGAACUGGCGUGGUAUGAAGCAUGGUUAGCAGGCUUGAGAGACCGAGACGACGAGAUGAUGCAAAAGAAACGAACUGUUUGCACUAUGGUCAGUGAGCAUCGUGAGUAUAGCGUCGCGAAGAUGCCACUUGAAAAGAUGAAUUGCAAACGGAAACCAGCAUAUGGGCGUACAUCUACCGCGGUUCAAACUUGCGCGAUAUUAGCGACAAAUACCUUUAUAAUCGUCGCAGCAAGAUGGCUCUAG